AUUUCGCACACUCACCGACGCACGUGAGGCGAGAAGGGAAUUCCAAAUUCCCAAAUCCCAAUUCCCCAAACCCCCACGUCUCCCUCUCGUCGCGCCCGCCAUGGCAGCCGCCGCCUCAGCCUGCGGCGGCGCCGGCUGCGGGCCGCAGUGCUCCUCCUCUGCAGGCGGCGAGGGGGAUGCUUCCUCGGAGAGCAUGGGACGCCUUUCGAUCUCCUCUGCCGCCGCCGCCGCCGCCACGUGCGGCAAGUGCGACGGCGGCGGCGCGGCCGUCGCGGUGGCCGGGGGCGUUGGCAUGUGCGUCGAUUGCUUUCGGGCUCAUCUCUUCGGGAAGUUCAAGCUCGCUGUCACGAGCAACGCCAUGGUGCGCCCCACAGACGCCGUCCUCCUCGCCUUCUCCGGCGGUCCCGCCUCCAGGGUGGCUCUGCAAUUCAUACACGAAAUGCAGUCCAAGGCGAUCCAAAGCUGGGAGACGAGUAACUCCCAGGCCCUGCCGGCCUUCAGACUUGGCGUCGCAUUCGUCGACGAGAGUGUCCUUUCAGUGAGGCCGGGGCACGAAAUCGACACGGCGAUCGAAGAUAUCAAGUCGAUUGUGUCGAGUUUGUCACCAGGGGAUAAGCAAUUGCACGUCGCCCCUCUUGAGGACGUGAUCUCAUCUGGAUCAGAUGACAAGGCGGCCAGGCUGAAGGAGCUGGUCGGCGUGAUCAAUGAUGAGACGGGUAGGGACGACUUUAUUCGGUGCUUGCGCAUGCUUUCACUGCAGAAGAUUGCACUGGAAAAUGGCUACACCAAGAUUAUGCUGGGAACGUGUGCUUCUGGAAUAGCAUGCCAUGUGCUAUCCGCAACUGUGAAGGGGCAAGGCUAUGCUUUACCAGCUGAUGUCCAGUAUGUUGAUACACGGUGGGAAGUACCCGUUGUUCUUCCACUUCAUGAUUGCUUGGCCCAAGAGCUUAACUUGCUCUGUGAACUUGAUAGUUUGAAGACACAGCAACUUCUCGAUAGGCCUUGCAGUGGCAUCAAUGGCUUAGUUGCAUCCUUUGUUUCACGGCUAAGGGAAGAGAACCCGUCCCGAGAGCAUACCAUUUUAAGAACUGCACAAAAGCUUAAGCCAUUCUCUUUUAACAAGUUCUCAGCAAACGGCUACCAUGAUUUCCUCCCGUCACGGCUUCGUCCCAAGUUUCAGAACAUUGAUGCCAACGAGUCUACUUUCUCUGAGAUUCUUUGCCUGAUAUGUGGAAGCCCGUUCAGUGAAUCAGAACUGCAGAAUUUGGAAAACACAAAGCACAAGGCUCAGAAGAAAACUGAUCUGUAUGCUGCUCAUUGUUGUCAAAGCUGCCAUUUCCAGAUUCUCCCAGCAGCUACAGAUAUGCAUGGACAUUUCUUUUCACUACUACCGAAGUUUUGGACUGAGAAAGUGGACACUGCAUCUGCUAGCCAUAGCUCACUAAGAGAUCAGAUAGCGGACUACCUGCUGGAUGAAGACGAUGAAAACUGACAUUAAUCUCUGAUUUCAUGACAUAAUUUGGAGUCACAAUGUUUAAUUCAUAUGGAAUGUCUGAAUGCUGGUUUAUACCGACAUGUUUUGUUUGUUGUACAAGAAGACACCGCAUUGGCGUCACACAGGCAUAUGCCAAACUUAUGGAUAACAGUGUUUCUUCUUUUUUUCUCCCGACGAAACCAAUGUUAGUAUGACACUGCUCUAUUCAGCUCCUGCUAUUCUCAGACUCAUCUGACCUCUGGGAUCUGUAUAGUGAUGAGGCAAACCAUCACUUGCCAGCAAAUUUCCACUGAUUCUAUAAAGACAGCACAGGUUGGAGAGCUGAAUGUUUCCCACUUACAUGUGAUCUCAGAUCAAUUGGUCUCAUCUCCCGUGCUGUGCCAGCUAUUCUGCCAGCAAACAUUGUAACACGAUGAGUUUAUCCAGUGAUUUGGACAAUUCAUUUUCUCUGUGAGUUCUGUA